AUGUCCCAGUUUUCCACUGGUGGCAGCCCCCGAGAUUCAUUCGCGUCGCCCUCCAAGACAACACCAUCGCAGGAUCCUCCCUUCAGCAAACCUGAUUUCCACACCCAGGCCCAUCAGAACACUCCACAGCCGCCGACGUAUACGCAAACUUACACCGACGAGCCUAGCACGCCCGCUCCAUCGUCACCCGUGGCGCUCAACCAUGAUCAUUCGCCAAUAGACGAAUCCCCUGCCCCACUACAAGGACAUACUAGAACACGAGGCAGAAGCUCAUCGAGACCGCUGUCUAUGGUCCAGACCUACCAACCAAGCAUGAUGGAUGUCAACCAAGAUACAAUCCCCGAGCUGCAACCCAUCUUCACCUUCCUCAACAGCCAUGGAAACAAGCUCUACCAGGAGGGCUAUUUUUUAAAGCUCGACGACCAGAAUACGCAGGGCAAGCCAAACCCGGAUCGAACCUGGACGGAGUAUUUUGCGCAACUCGUAGGAACUGUUUUGUCGCUAUGGGACGCCGCCGAAUUGGAUGCUGCCGGGGAGGAUGGAGAGGUUCUCCCCAAGUUCAUUAAUCUGACCGACGCAUCGAUCAAGAUGAUAGAUUCGUUGCCGACGAGGUCCAGCGAGGAGCAGCCCUUGCAGAACAUUCUGAGCAUAUCCACAGCUGGACGAAACCGAUACCUGCUGCAUUUUAAUUCACGGCAUUCUCUGAUACAAUGGACUGCCGGCAUACGACUCGCCAUGUUUGAGCAUUCCACACUGCAAGAAGCAUAUACCGGUGCUCUCAUUGCCGGAAAGGGCAAGACUCUGAAUAACAUUGGUGUCAUUAUGGAGAGGACGCGAGAAAUCAAACAAGAAUGGGUUAGGGUGCGCUUUGGAGCAGGUGUGCCCUGGAAGCGCUGUUGGUGUGUCAUCUCGCCGCCUGAUGAAAAGGAAUUCCAGAAAAUGUUGAAGGACUACAAAAAGAAGUCGCCAUACGAUCGCUCGCAUCCACCGAUUCUCAAGGGCGACAUUAAAUUCUACGAAGAUAGAAAGGAGGGCCGCAAGAUGAAGAAGGCCAAGCCAAUCGCAACCAUUACAGAUGCGUACUCGGCAUUCGCGCUUUAUCCUCAGGCCAAGUCCCUCAUCGACGCUUCCACUCUGCUCAAGAUUGAGGGAAACAUCACGAUUCACACGGACCCCCCUUCUUCGACAGAAGGUUUCGUCUUCAUUAUGCCAGAAGUCCAUCCGGCAGUCAGUGGAUUUGGCAUGAUGCUGCAGUUUUUGUUUCCUACGUGGGAUACGUUUGGACUGUAUGGACGACCUGGUAGAUUGGUGGCAAGCACAAUAGACUCGAGAUCGCUCAUGUUUGCAAUGCCUAAGCACAAGCGAUAUGGCUACCUGGAGAUCUUGGACGUAACGUCCUUGAUCCUUCAAGAGGGAAGCUCAGGCUGGACAGAAAGAGAUUGGAAGAAAAAACUCAAGGACUUGACCGGCGAGCGAAUGACGACUGUUGAUGACACCCCGACAGCCAACACUCACAGCCGGACCAACAGCCGGACUAAGAGACUGAGCUUUGGUCCGGCUACUGAAGCUGGCCCGAAACCACGCGUCGGGUUUACUGACGGCGGAGCACCACCAACUCCGGUACGCUCGUCACGUUCAAUGUCCCUCAACGUCCGACCCGCACCAAGAAACGACUCGGCGCCACCUGUUCCCCGGGUACAACCAGGUCCUUCAGCCAUGGCCAGUGCCAUGAAGUCCGGCCACAAUAGAAAUGCAUCGGAUUCCAGCCUGCCAGAAGGUGCUCCUCCGCAACCACCGCCUCACUUGGUCAGCCCAAUUGGCGACAGUCCCUCUGGCCGUGGACCGAAUCCAGCUCGCAACUUCGUGAAUGACCUUGCAUCCACCCCUGAACGGGUCAGCUCGGACGAGGAGCGGGAGCCAGCUACCCAGGCUCUAGAGGGAAUGCGGCACCUGGAGACCCCAGAGCCUGUUUCACAACCACCGGCUUUCACUCACGCGCCAGGGGAGAAGCCACAACAGCGUCCAUACCACUCGCCUGAACUACGCCGCGCUAACAGCAGAAUGUCUGUGACCACCUUGGCCCAACUGGCUCAGGCCGGGGGUAUAGAGGGGGUAGCCAAGCAGGAAGGCUGGAUCGACGACAACGGGGGCGCUGAGGAUCAAAGCCCGGUUGCCCACCACAAUGACCAACAUGGUCCAACAAUGGUACAUGCUGCUCACGGCACCAAUCCUGGAAUGAAUGCUAAUACCGGCUCUCGUGAAGAUCUAAGGGGACUCAAGCCCCAUUCUCCUGGCUUGCCGCCUCCGUCCUCCGAACUCAGCAAACAACGCUCUAAAUCGCCUCUCCACCAGACCAUGGCUAUCCCGAACCCCGGACCCAGAGGUCCAAGCCCGGGCUCCCGACCAGGCACCCCAGGUAGUCAAGGUGUCAGAAGUCCCCCGCCUGGUGCCAUGGGCAUCGGGCCACAAGGUCGUCCGCCGCCGGGGAGAGGACAGCCAAGCAUGCCACAAGGUCGUGGUUACCCACCUAAUAUGGCUCCUUACGGUCGAGGAGGUCCUGGCAACAUGGGCCCUCCGCCGCGCGGACCGCCGAACGCAACAGCCCCGAACAUGUAUAGAGGACCUCCGGGACCUCCUGGGCCAGGCGACCGUCCCGAUACACCAAAUAGCAGACGGCAGCCUCCUCCUCUAAACACUUCACCGCCCGUUCAAAGAAAGCCAUUGCCAGCUCGAGGCGACAGCCUGGCUCAUCGCAACCUUCCGAAUAACGAAGUUCCAUCCUCGCCUACCGCAUCGAGCAGUGGUAGUUUCACACGUGGCAUUGAUCCCGACAUUGUGGCUCAUAUUCAUGGCCCAGGAUCCAGUGGCAGAGCUACACCACAAUCCGGCCGUCAGCGCCAGAACACCGGACUAAGCACAACCAGUAGCAACUAUGACUCCACCGGUUCUCCAGAUUACGCCAGCACCAGACCAUCGACCGACUCAAGUGCAUCAGUCGAAAGACCCAGGGCAGGUGUACUUCGAACGGUCGGGGACAGCAGUGUACCUCAAGCAAGCGAAUACGAUGUCCCCGAUGUGAACUUUGGGCCAACAUUUAACUACGCAGCCAACCAAUCGAGGAGUAAAACACCAACCCCGAAUGUGGUACCUUCCCCACACCCAUUCUCGCCAGGUACUAAUGGACCGAGGAAGCCAUCGGGCGGGGAUAUGACCCAUGGUCGAAAUGCUUCCGACGAGACUGUUCAGAGGAGGAGUGUGAUUUGGCAACCACCUACCCCCGGGGUCACCGCCGGUCCCAGUACCAGCGGGCAGGGUCUCACUGCCGAGCAGUUUGUUCAGCAGCGGGCUGCUGUUGCAGCCACGCCCCUAUACUCUCAUCAACGCCAACCUUCUGCCAACACUCUUAAUGCCUACCGAGCUGGUACCCCUACUCCGCCGCUUGACCGAGGUCAAGGACGAGAUUACAUGCACAGCCAUAGUCGCAGCACCUCCCAAGACCUGCUUCAAAGACCAAGCUCACGAGGUGCUGGUGCUGUGCUAGGUGGCCAGGGUGAAGGUCAUCUCUCUGCCAGAGAGCAAGAACAUGUUGCGAGGAUGACGGGUACUCCGCUAAUCAGUGUGGCUGGAAACAGAAAUGCACCUCAUGCGGAUGGCGGUCUCGUCGGUGCGAUCGGGGCCAGGGAAAGAGAAAAGCAGCAAAUGAGACAAGGAUACAGCAGUCAGGCAGUGCAACAGGCUAUCAAUUCCCGGCAGCAGCAGCAGGCGAUGCAAAAUUACCAACAGCCCCUGCCCUCACCUGGUCUACCCCCGCCGUCUGGUAUGUACUCCAAUCUGGGACGUCAGUCACCCGGUCCACAACAAGGUUAUGGAUUCCCUCAGUCACCUGGUCCACAACAAGGCUAUGGAUUCCCCCAAUCACCUGGUCCACAACAAAGUUUUACAUUCCCUCAGGCUAUGCCAAGUCCAGGUAUACAGGGUGGAGUGGGCUGGGCGAGCCCUGGAGCUGGGUUUGGAUCACCGCGCCAGGGCAGUUUCCCUUUACAGAGUCCAGGCUUCGUGCCACAACAAGCGCAGCUGUCACCUCAAUACGUAGCACUGUCGGGACAGAAUCCGCGAACCGCACAACCGGGACGGCCAGGUUAUCAGCCUCCGAACCCGGGGCAUGCCUUCUAG